AGUCGGUCAGAGUGAAAGUUGUCUCCGCUCGGAGAAGCUGGGAGCCGGGGUCUGCUAGUUUCCGCCGCCGCUGCUUCACACUCUUUCUCCCGGAGAGAUGAGGCGGAAGGAGAAGAGGCUGCUGCAGGUCGCCGGGCUGCUCAUAGCGGCUCUACUUUUCCUCCCCAACGUCGGGCUGUGGUCUUUGUACCGGGACCGGGUGUUCGACAACUCGCCCGACACGGCGGACGGUCCGGGCGGCAUCCUCCGGAUACAGGGGUUGGACCAGAGGAGGAAAGUCGCUCAGGUGGGACUGGACGGCGUGCGGCGGACAGACUGGCACGACUACGAAGCAAUGCGGAGAGAUGCUGCUCGUUCAGGUAAUGGUGAACAGGGGAAAGCGUUUCCUCUGACAGAAACUGACCGGGUGGACCAGGCCUACAGGGAGAACGGGUUCAACAUUUACAUCAGUGACCAGAUCUCCCUCAACCGCUCCCUGCCAGACAUCCGCCACGCCAACUGCAAAACGAAGCUGUACGCGGAGAAGCUGCCCAACACCAGCAUCAUCAUCCCGUUCCACAACGAGGGCUGGUCGUCGCUGCUGAGGACCGUCCACAGCGUGCUCAACCGCUCCCCCCCACAGCUCAUCGCCGAGGUCAUCCUGGUCGACGACUUCAGCGACAAAGAGCACCUGAAGGCGGCGCUGGAGGAGUACAUGAUGCGGAUGCCAAAGGUUCGCAUCAUGAGGACCAAGAAGAGGGAGGGGCUGAUCAGGACUCGUCUGCUGGGAGCCGGCGCCGCUAAAGGAGAAGUCAUCACCUUCCUGGACUCCCACUGUGAGGCCAACGUCAACUGGCUGCCUCCACUGCUGGACCGAAUCAGCCAGAACAGGAAGACCAUCGUGUGUCCGAUGAUCGACGUGAUCGACCACGACAACUUUGGCUACGACACGCAGGCGGGGGACGCCAUGCGGGGGGCGUUUGACUGGGAGAUGUACUACAAACGGAUACCCAUCCCCCCGGAGCUGCAGGGCGACGAUCCCAGUGAGCCCUUCGAGUCUCCGGUGAUGGCGGGUGGACUGUUCGCCGUGGACAGGAAGUGGUUCUGGGAGCUGGGAGGAUAUGACACGGGUCUGGAGAUCUGGGGAGGAGAGCAGUACGAGAUCUCCUUCAAGGUGUGGAUGUGUGGUGGUCGGAUGGAGGACAUCCCUUGCUCCAGGGUGGGACACAUCUACAGGAAGUACGUCCCCUACAAAGUCCCUGGUGGGAUCAGCCUGGCCAAGAACCUAAAGCGUGUGGCGGAGGUGUGGAUGGAUGAAUACGCCGAAUAUGUCUACCAGCGCCGGCCCGAGUACCGCCACCUGUCAGCGGGCGACAUGACGGCGCAGAAGGAGCUGAGGAACCGCCUCAACUGCAAGAACUUCAAGUGGUUCAUGAGGGAGGUGGCCUGGGAUCUGCCCAAACACUACCCAAUGGUGGAGCCUCCUGCUGCUGCGUGGGGAGAGAUACGGAACGUGGGCAGCGGGAUGUGUAUGGAGAUCAAACACUUUGUGUCAGGGAGCCCCAUCCGCCUGGAGAGCUGUGUGAAAGGGCGGGGCGAGGUGGCCUGGAGUCAUGGACAGGUGUUAACAUUUGGUUGGAGGGAGGAUAUUCGGGUGGGUGACCCCGUGCACACAAGGAAGGUCUGCUUCGACGCCGUGUCACACAGCAGCCCCGUCACCCUGUACGACUGCCACGCAUCUUUCGGCUUAUUCUUCUGGCUCAUUUUGUUCGUGAAACAGUGGAACAAUCCUGGAGUCUGUUGCUUUUAG